AUGGGACAAACCGUCGCUACGCCCCUGAGCCUCACUCUCGACCGCUGGUCGGACGUAAAAGGCCGUGGCAACAAGGAAGGAGUCAUCAUCAAAAAGAAUAAAUGGACCACUCUCUGCGAGGCCGAAUGGGUUAUGAUGGACUCUCCCCUCAUUGACCUCCUAACAGCUGAGCCGCCGCCUUAUCGCGCGGCACCGGCCGCGCCAGCCGCGGGACCGGAAACAGGGAUGACGGCCAUCGGAGGGGCAGCAGCCCCUGAGAAGAUGGCAACUGGCGGGGACACAGGGGGGACCCCGGCUCCCUCACCCAUCGCCGGUCGCCUUCGGGCCCGCCGGGAUGACACCCCCCUGGAAUCCAAGCAGGGGGCCACCGGUAGUAGGAGAUACCGGUGGACGACUGAAAGAAAAGUCCAGUUGGCGUCGGGGCAAGUAACCCAUUCUUUCCUACAUAUACCCGACUGCCCUCACCCGUUGCUGGGCCGGGACUUACUGACCAAAUUAAAAGCACAGAUUUACUUUGAUGAAAGAGGACCCACGGUCACGGGGCCUGGGGGAACCCCCUUACAAGUCCUUGCCCUAAAUCUGGAAGAAGAAUACCGCCUUUUCGAGCCUGAGCCCCCUGAAGAACCACCGGGUGAGAUGCAGGACUGGCUAGACAGGUUUCCACAGGUAUGGGCAGAAACAGGAGGCUUGGGGCUUGCGCACGACCAGCCGCCCCUGGUCAUUUCAUUGAAGGCCUCCGCAGCCCCAAUCUCAAUCAGACAGUACCCCAUGUCUCGGGAAGCGCAGGAGGGGAUUAAACCCCACAUCCGGCGGCUAAUAGACCAGGGAGUGCUCAAACCCUGCCGAUCUCCCUGGAAUACUCCCCUCUUACCCGUCAAGAAACCAGGCACGGGGGAAUUCAGACCGGUCCAGGACUUAAGGGAGGUCAAUAAGCGGGUAGAAGACAUACACCCCACAGUACCUAACCCCUACAACCUCCUCAGCACCCUCCCACCGACCCAUACUUGGUAUACGGUGCUGGAUCUAAAAGAUGCUUUCUUUUGCUUGAGACUGCAUCCUCAGAGCCAGCUACUGUUUGCUUUUGAAUGGAGGGACCCAGAAAUCGGGCUUUCAGGACAGCUGACCUGGACCCGGCUCCCUCAAGGGUUCAAGAAUAGCCCAACACUCUUUGAUGAGGCCCUCCAUGCAGAUCUAGCCGGAUUCCGGGUAGAGCACCCAACCUUGACUCUGCUCCAGUACGUAGAUGACCUCCUCUUGGCCGCCAGGAGCCGGACCGAAUGCUUGGAAGGAACUCAGGCUCUGCUGACCAGGCUUGGGGAGAAGGGCUACAGGGCCUCAGUCAAAAAGGCCCAGAUAUGCCAAAACAAAGUUAUCUAUUUGGGCUACACCCUGGAGGGAGGGCGAAGAUGGCUGACCGAGGCCAGAAAAGAGGCAAUUGUCUCAAUCCCCCCUCCCAAGGGCCCUCGGCAAGUCCGAGAAUUUUUGGGCACGGCCGGCUACUGCCGCCUCUGGAUUCCUGGGUUUGCUGAACUGGCUGCCCCCCUGUAUCCUCUCACUAAGCCGGGAAUUAUGUUCCGAUGGGAGGAAGAACAUCAACAGGCCUUCCAACAAAUUAAGAGAGCAUUGCUCGAGUCACCAGCCCUGGGCCUACCAGAUCUAACUAAGCCCUUCGAACUAUUCGUGGAUGAGAACUCAGGUUUUGCCAAAGGGGUAUUAGUGCAAAAACUGGGGCCCUGGAGGAGGCCGGUGGCCUAUCUAUCCAAGAAAUUGGACCCGGUAGCCACUGGAUGGCCCCCUUGCUUACGCAUGGUGGCCGCUAUUGCAGUCCUGCUCAAGGAUGCGGGUAAACUGACUCUGGGUCAGCCAAUGACUGUGCUAUCCUCCCAUGCGGUGGAAGCCCUAGUCCGGCAGCCCCCAGACAGAUGGCUCUCCAACUCCAGAAUGACUCAUUAUCAGGCCUUGCUGCUAGAUACCGACCGAGUGACUUUCGGCCCCACAGUCUCCCUCAAUCCGGCCACCCUACUACCCCUGCCUGCCUCCUCGGGGGAGCAUGAUUGCCUCCAGAUCCUGGCGGAAGCGCACGGUACCCGUCCAGACCUGACCGAUCAACCAUUAAAGGACUCAGACUAUGUCUGGUUCACGGACGGGAGCAGCUUCCUCGAGGAAGGGACGAGAAGAGCAGGAGCAGCUGUCACCACUGAGUCAGAGGUGGUCUGGGCCUCGCCGUUGCCGGCUGGAACAUCGGCCCAGAGAGCGGAGCUGAUCGCACUCGCCCAGGCCCUCCGGAUGGCAGAAGAUUUCACAGAGGUAAAGCCCGGACUCUAUGGCUACCGUUACCUCCUGGUUUUUGUGGACACCUUUUCUGGAUGGAUGGAAGCAUUCCCCACCAAGAAGGAAACAGCCAACGUCGUGGCCAAAAAGCUGUUGGAGGACAUUUUUCCCAGAUAUGGGAUGCCCCAGGUAAUGGGGUCAGAUAAUGGGCCUGCCUUCGUCUCCCAGGUAAGUCAGAGGGUGGCCAGAUUGCUGGGGAUUGAUUGGAAGCUUCAUUGUGCAUACCGGCCCCAGAGCUCAGGACAGGUAGAACGAGCUAAUAGAACCAUUAAGGAGACUUUGACCAAAUUAACGCUUGCAACUGGCUCUAGAGACUGGGUGCUCCUACUCCCUUUAGCCCUUUACCGGGCCCGGAAUACCCCCGGACCCUAUGGUUUGACUCCCUUUGAAAUUAUAUAUGGGGCCCCCCCACCUAUUGUGAAUUUCCUUCAUCCUGACAUUUCGUCCUUCGCUACCAGCCCUACCUUAGAGGCACACCUCCAGGCCCUCCAGCUGGUACAGAAGGAAGUUUGGAAACCUCUGGCAGCAGCCUACCGAGAGCAACUGGACCACCCAAUAGUCCCUCAUCCCUUCCAGAUCGGGGACUCCGUCUGGGUUCGGCGACACCAGACCAAGAAUUUGGAACCACGGUGGAAGGGACCAUACACCGUCCUGCUGACCACACCAACCGCUCUCAAGGUCGACGGGAUUGCUGCCUGGGUCCACGCCUCCCACGUGAAGGCUGCUAAGGAGAUUGACCCGACCAGCGCCAAGGAGUCCACAUGGAAGGUACAGCGCACUCAAAAUCCACUGAAGAUACUGGUAGCGGGCCUGGACGCUUGGGACAUUGCUCAUUUGAGUCACUCUGACUUCCCGGUUCGCACGGCCCGGUCAAUCAGACCUGGGGGAGGACGAGGCCAUCUCCCACAGAGGGGACCUGGAUGUAUCAAUGCAGACACCCGUUGUUCCUUGUCCACUUAUGACUUUUAUGUCUGUCCCCGUGAUGGCCGCAACCGGAAUGAGGAGUCCGCGCAGUUGGGACAGGUGGCUGAGAAAGGAAAGCGGGAUGAGGGAAUCUCCAUCGCCUUUGACAUUUGGAGGAUUAAUUCACUGUUACUGUGGUCUGUUGUGAAGUUGUACGGUGGUCAAGGCUCUGGUCGUGAGAAACUAGGCUGGGGCCGCUUUAGGAGCGAUGUUGCCAUGGGCUACAGGCAGCCAGUUUCAGUUCCUCCGGUGCUGACCUCCUCACAAAGCUGCUUGGGCUACCUCAUGACAGGGCAGUUGGCGUCCCUGGUGGGGCUGACCAAUAAGCUGACGCAGAAGCCCCUGCCACUUCAGAGUCAUUUUUUGGAAUGCCCCUCACCCCAUUUCACGCCGUUCAGUGUGGGAGGAGAGCACACAAAGGCUCAAGUGCAGGAAUCUGGCCCCGGCUGUGGGGUCUGUGUUCAGAAAGUUCAUGCCACUUUUCCCACCUCACAGGACCAUCAGGAGACUAACAGGGAACGGAGAAGCUAA